UUCGACAAAAGAUUCAUAAGAUUUAAGCAAUUCAGUUCAAUAUAAAAUGUCCCAAGUGUACUGUAUGUUGCUGUAGCGAUUUAUUGCUUUUUCUUUUUCAUCUAGGAUUGUAUUAUUUGUGAUUCAAAAUAACUGAGAGCUUAUAAUAGAGUCUUUAAUGGGAAGUGAGGAAGCUAAAGACCCAUUGAAAGGGGUUGAUUGCAAAGCAAUUGGUAGUGAGUUGCAGAAGGACCACAGUGCCAGUAAUAAACCUUUUAUAAAGAAACGACUUCCUCAGAAGAUUAGACAAAUUCCGGACUGUUAUUUCCUUCCUCGAAUGCCCACGCCUUCCACUAUUGCCUUCUAUGGAGCCUGCGUUGCGGGUGGAAUCGGUUCUGGGAUGCUGCUGGAAGUCUGGAUAAACAACAAGAUUAAAGGUGUCAGAUCAAGGAUGAGGCUUGCCGGUCUGACAAGGAAUACUGCGCAGCAACAAAGAAUUGGGAUUGCCUUUCAAAGACAGAAGCAGAGAUUGAGGCUUUUGAGUUUGCAUAAAGGCCUGGACUUGACGUUGUUACUGUUUGUCCUACUCUCAAUGGGGGCCACCUCUGCAGUCCACCAUCAAUGCUAGUAGCAAGAGGGAUACGACUCUCUGGAAAACAAACUUCAAAAGAUAGUUGAUGUGCGCGAUGUAGCUCAGGCACUGCUUCUGGUGUAUGAGAAGCCAGAGGCUGAAGGCACAUGAUCUUGUUGACAAGUUGAGAAGUAUGUUUCCUCAAUACAAUUAUCCUAAAAGCUUUAGUGAGGGAGGGGAGGAAGAUACGAUUAGUUCAGAGAAAUUACAAAGGCUGGGGUGGAGUUAUCGGCGAUUGGAAGAAACUCUUGUGGAUUCCAUUGAGAGCUAUAAGAAGGCUGGAAUCUUGGAUUAGUAUAUAAAACAGCCUUUUGGUUGUGAUUUUAAUUUCUGUUCACUAUGUGCUCUAGUUUCCUCCUGGUCGCGUGAGAGUCCCCACUUUUUGUGUUCAACGGUUUCCAAAUAAUAAUGUCAUACAACUUGCAUUUCUUUCAUGCUAAACAUAGCGACUAUCUAAAUAAACCGAGAGAUGUUUACAUGUUUAUGAAUAUAAGUAUUUUUAUUUUCGAAAGGUUGAAGAAAACAGAAGAA